AUGCUCAACAACUUAAAAUUAGCUUUAACUUUUGGCCUUGGACUGGCCCAUGUCACGCAGGCAUUGCCAGCAUAUGCCCAGCAGGAAACUGCUCCUGGCUGGGCAAGUAAUGGCCAAGCUUUGUACUUCCAAACAAACGAAAAAGAAAACGCUAUCGUCUCUGUGAAAAUUCACGCCAAUGGUACAUUGAGUGAAGGUAUCAUGACGUACACUAACGGUACUGGUGCGAGCAUGCUCAGUGCCGCUACCAAUAUGACAGCUAGUCCAGACGGGCUCAGCAGUCAGGGUGCAGUCGCCGUGGCUGGCCACAGCCUUUUCGCAGUCAACGCAGGCGACAACACUGUGUCCAUGUUCAACAUCAAUCCCGAAGACCCCACCAACAUCACGCUGUUGGGCAUGCCAGCCAGCGUUCCUGGCGAUUUCCCAGUGACUGUUAGUGCUUCUGAGUUGAAUAACUUGGUUUGUGUGGGUACGAGUGGCUCUACAGGUGGUGUUGCAUGUGCGCCUUACUCUCCAUUCGUCGGAAUCGGCAAAAUGGACUUUUUGAGAUCUUUUGAUCUGGAUCAAGAACCAGUCCCAGCUGGCCCUCUUGACACUGUCGGACAGGUUCGCUUCUCUGAGGAUGAGUCCCAGCUUCUUGUGACCGUCAAGGGAAACCCGGCUGCAAACAAGACAGGGUUCCUCGCCGCUUUCACUGUUGGUGGUUCGUGUUUAACUGGCGAGGCCAAGGUAUCCGCUGCUAGCAUCGAGAGUACUUUGAAUGGUACUGUUGCCUUAUUCGGAUUCGAACAGAUUGCGCAAUCCAACAGAUAUUUUGUAGCUGACCCUGCAUAUGGUGUUGCAAUCGUUUCUGUCGAUGAGAAAACCGAUUCAUCUCUAUUGCUCCACAAACAAGCCGUUCCUAACCAAAUGGCCACCUGCUGGGCAGCCAUAUCGCCAGCUUCCAACUCUGCUUUUGUUACCGAUCCUUUAGUCAACCAUAUUGUUGAAUUGAGUUUGGUGGAUGCUUCUGUGAUCUCUGUUGUUAAUACAACUAGUUCGAAUGAUGCCACAGGAUACACUGAUUUGACCGCUGCCGGCAACUUUGUUUACGCUUUGUCUCCAGGUACUCAAGAAAACAGCAGUGCUGAGAUUGCUGUGUUAUCAGUCGGUGAAUGGAAGAAUAGCUCUAUCAUCCAAUCUUUCAACCUCGGCUCGAUGGCUGGCUCCAGUGCACAGGGUCUUGCCGUGUUUCCAGCUUAUUAA